AUGACAUCCGCCAACAGCAUGACUACCAUGGAUCUUCGCGUCGGUAACAAGUACCGCAUCGGUCGCAAGAUCGGUUCCGGUUCUUUCGGCGACAUCUACCUGGGCACCAACAUCAUCUCGGGCGAAGAAAUUGCCAUCAAGCUCGAAAGCGUCAAGGCCAAGCACCCCCAGCUGGAAUAUGAGGCCCGCGUCUACAAGUCCCUUGCCGGUGGUGUCGGCAUUCCCUUCGUGCGGUGGUUCGGCACCGAGUGCGACUACAAUGCCAUGGUCCUGGACCUCCUCGGCCCCUCCCUGGAGGAUCUCUUCAACUUCUGCAACCGCAAGUUCUCGUUGAAGACGGUCCUGCUCCUGGCCGACCAGUUGAUUUCCCGCAUCGAGUACAUCCACGCCAAGUCGUUCAUCCACCGUGACAUCAAGCCCGACAACUUCCUCAUGGGUAUCGGUAAGCGCGGCAACCAGGUCAACGUGAUCGAUUUCGGUUUGGCCAAGAAGUACCGCGACCCCAAGACGCACUUCCACAUUCCUUACAGAGAGAACAAGAACUUGACUGGCACCGCUCGUUAUGCGUCUAUCAACACUCACCUGGGCGUCGAGCAGUCUCGCCGUGACGACAUGGAGUCUCUCGGCUAUGUCAUGCUCUACUUUUGCCGUGGUUCUCUGCCUUGGCAGGGACUCAAGGCUGCCACCAAGAAGCAGAAGUAUGACCGCAUCAUGGAGAAGAAGAUGACGACGCCCACCGAUGUGCUGUGCCGCGGGUUCCCUAACGAGUUUGCUAUCUACCUGAACUACACUCGCUCGCUCCGCUUCGACGACAAGCCGGACUACAGUUACCUCCGCAAGAUCUUCCGCGACCUCUUCGUCCGCGAGGGUUUCCAGUACGACUAUGUCUUUGACUGGACUGUGUACAAGUAUCAGAAGAACGCCCAGGCCAUCCAGCAGGCUGCCAACCAGCCCGGUCAGGCCGCCGCCGAAUCCAAGGACAACACUGCGGCCGCCCGUAAGGAGAGCCAGCCCGCUGCCCCCCGCGGAACCAGGAAGGUCGGCGAGACCCCCGAGACCAACCGUGCCGUCGGAGGAAGCGACAGGAUGCUGCGCUCGGCCGCUAAAGGUCAAGGCGCUGGCACGGGAUAUGCUUCCAAACAGUACCGCCCCAUGGAGUGA